GGUAACCAAGAGGGGCCAGCCCCCCCGGAAGCGAUGGCCCAGCCCUACCCCCCAGCCCAGUACCCCCCCCAGAACGGCAUCCCAGCGGAGUACGCCCCUCCCCACCCCCACCCGCCAGCGGACUACACGGGUCAGAGCACGGUGGCAGAGCACACCCUAACGCUGUACACACCCACACAGACGCACAGCGAACAGCCCGGCAACGAGAACAACACACCCACCCUCACAGCCACACUAUCGCAGGCAGACGAGGUUGCGCAGACGGAGGUUUCCCAUCAGCUCCACCUGCAGCAGUGUGAUUCGUCAGAGAAGCAGCAGCCCAAACGGUUACACGUCUCCAACAUCCCAUUCCGCUUCAGAGAUCCAGACCUCAGGCAAAUGUUUGGGCAAUUUGGGAAGAUUUUAGAUGUGGAGAUCAUUUUUAACGAGCGAGGCUCCAAGGGUUUUGGGUUUGUAACAUUUGAAACGAGUGCAGAUGCGGACCGUGCACGUGAGAAACUAAAUGGUACAAUCGUAGAGGGACGCAAAAUAGAGGUUAACAACGCAACAGCAAGAGUUAUGACAAACAAAAAGGUGGCACACCCAUACACGAAUGGUAAGAGCUCCCCUUAUCCUCCUCCCUCCUCCUCUCCUCUCUCUUUCAUUCAUCCUCUCUGGA